CCAGUUGAGCGCCAGAAUGGAGUGAACCGUGUCUGUGCGUAUGUGUGUACGGGUGUUUGUGUGCGCGUGUGUGCAUACGCGCGUCAGUGUGUGUACGUGCGCGCGGCGCCAGAGAAAUGCAGAGCGAGCCACGCAGAACACUACCGUAAUAGGCACAAGCUAGGCUACCACGCGCACAGGCAAAGCUACAAAAAAUACACCAGCCACUUACAGCAAGGAAAGCUUUGUAACUUGACCGCUAACGAGACCAGAGGCUAAGAUGGGAGGCAAGCUCAGCAAAAAGAAGAAGGGAUACAAUGUAAAUGACGAGAAGGCUAAAGACCAGGACGCAAAAGCAGAGGGUGCGUCAGCCGGGGAAGGCCAAGCCCAGAAUGACAAAAAGGACGAGGCCCCAGCUGGUGCCGAGGUAGCCAAUGACACAGCCUCGAAGGAGGCGCCUGCCGCCGAAGCCGCCACGACCAAGGAGGAAGAGAAGACCGCCUCCUCGGCUGCCAAGGAGCCGGAAAAACCUGCCGCUAAUGCCGAGCCCAAAGCGGAGGCGCCCAAGGCCGCGGAAGCUGAGGAGAAACCAGCUGCCCUCGCGAAAGAGCCGGCCCCUGCAGCCGCGGAAGCCACCCCAGCCCCGGACGUCAAGGCUCAGGCGCCCGCGCCACCCGCGGCCCAGGCCGACAGCAAAGGGGAGGUCGACGCCAAAAAGACUGAGGCCCCCGCGACCUCAGCAGCUAAAACCGAGGCGACACCCGCCGCUGGGACCAAGCCCACGGAAGCCCCAGGACCAGGCCCGGAUGCGAAGGACGCCGCGGCCCCGUGUUCGACGGCUGCACCGGUGGCAGCCAACCAGCCGGCCGCCCCGGCCAAGGAGGCCAACGCCACAGUUCUGAGCCAGGAUCAAACCGUAGCAGUUCAAGAUUAAUGGACAGCUUCUUUUAAGAAAAUACCUAAAACAACAACAAUGAAGUAAAAAUGAAAUAGCCCACCCGUAUGAAUAUAAUAAUAAUAAUUGUAAUGAUGAUGACGAUGAUGAUGAUGAUGAUGAUGAUGAUGAUGUGUUAGAGGAGAAUUGUGACAACCACCUUGUGAAGGAUGAUGCUGCUGCCAAUGUUUAUUAUUAUUACCACUAUUGUUAUUAUUCUGGUUAUUCUAUUUUUUUCUGCUGUAGUAUUUGAACUUUGAUACAAGUCUGUGUCAACCAUAUGCCCCUCCAUUCCACGCCAUCCUCCAUCAUACCAUCCGUUACUGGGAUUCAGCAUUCCCCGCCCCCAUCUCGCCCACAGUACUCUCAGAGACCACAGUGGUUCGGGGACCAUACAUUCCCCUGGACAGUCUGUGCUGCGAAUGUCAGAAAACCCAGUGGAAAAACGGGGGGGUUGAAUCUAUUUACCGGCUGGACAUUCCCCCCUCCCCCCCCCCACAUCCAAACCUGCUCCUCUCCAGAAUUGUCAUGUUCUGCUACUCCACCUGGCACCUAUGCUGUAGCGCCAAGUGAGUUCGCUUUGCUUUCCCCUAGUCUGCGGCUUGUUUGGUAUUUCUGGGUUGUUCACGUUUAUUGUAGUUGCUCACGUUGCCACCAGUUUCCCCAAAGGUUCACGGCAACACAUUCAGACUCCACCAGAGUUGAAAGGAGGUACUUUGAACUCCUGAGCAGUAGAAUGUUCAGUGACUUUCCUACAGUUAUGACAUCUGAGAAUGAUGCAUUCUUUAGCAUGAAGAUGUCCUAAGAAAUGUUUUGCAACACUCAGAGACAGUUAGAUUUUCUAAGACAAACAUUAGAUGUAGAUGAUCUGGACAAUUUUUAAGCAUUUCUAAAAUAGUAAGUCUGCAAAGCUUUGUAGAUUGCCGGCAUUCCGGCUAUGAACAUGGUUGGAAGUUCUGAAUUUGCCGAAAUAGGGAAUUCUCAGUUCCUCUAGACCGCUCUGCCUGCAGCAUAGUUUGUCUCUAAUCGUUAUCGGGGGAUAUAUAUCAAAUUAUAUCUUAUUUGAUUAGAAAAAGAAGACAUAUCUACUGUUUUAAUCAGUAUACCUCAACAGCUCUCGUCCACGGCACAAUGGAGCACCGAGGGAAAAUACAACCCCCCCCCCCAAAAAGCUAUUUUCCCAGCUGACAACAGUAACGGUGUUGUCUGGGGGUGAGGGCACUACAGCAAGAGGCAUCUUCAAGGCUUGGCUGUCAUGGUCCUCGUUACCAUGGCUACCAUGUGGCAUGUUCAAGUAGUGAGACGGUAGAAACCCGAAAAAGGAAGGGAGCCUCUGAUCUUGUCAUCUCCACCCACCGUGAACUCUUCUCUACUUUCUGCUCAUAUAUGUCACAUAUAUGUAAAUAUAUGUAGGUAUAUAUGUAUAUUUAUUCACCCAUUCAUUCAUUCAUUCUUUGAGUAACUUUUGGCCUGUUUCUCCCAGUUGACACACAAUGUUUAUUUUUACCCAAAAAUGUAGAAAUGUAGCAGAGACAUUGUGGGAAUGUUGUGUGUCAACUCUGGGAUUGUCUCUUCCUCUCUUAACAAAGUAAUUGCAUGUCUGUGGUCAGGUGAACCUGUAGUCCUGUCUUUCGGUUAAGUGGAAAAUACUUUUUUUAAAGUCUGCAUUCAUGGCAAUUCCAGUUGAUAUUUCAUUCUGGGUCUUACUGCUAUCUCCACACCACUUCUCAUUCAAACAAGAAAAAAAAUAAAGAAAAAUGGUAUGCAUUAAAAUUCUAUGUACUUGUAUAAAUGGUGCAACAGUAAUAAAAUGUAAGAAAUUGAUUGAAAUUGCAGGCCUCUAGCAAGACCAUAUUUAUUCAUUCUAAAUAUGGAAUAACCAAUAAAAGAAAUAUAAUAUGUAUGGGUGAAAACACACAGUACAUUAUUUAGCUAAGUGCAUACAUAACAUAACUUCAAAUGUAUCAAUUAGCCUUACAAAUUAAAUUCCGAUUUACAACGCAUAACAUUUUUUAAUAUGUCAUGGUGGAGGCCACACAGCUCCAGACUUGGGAUAGCACUUACUAACAAAUGGAAUGAAGUCAUUGUACAAAAUAUAAAACAAUAUGUUAGAACGCAUAUGAAAAUGUAAGUUGCUUUGGAUUAAAGUGUGCUUAAUGGCAGAUAUCACUGUUAUAUUACUGUGGCAUUUCUACAAGUCAAUUCUGUUCUUGAAAAGUGAUUUGGGUUAAACAUUUCUUAAUCUGAGUGUCUGGCAUAACAUUUACUUAGGGCAGAGAGUGUGGUGUGGGCUGGGGUAAUCCUUUCACAAUACAUUAUUCAACUUAUAUAAGCCCCCGGCACAUUUUCAAUACUACUCACAUCAACUCUACAGCCUUUUGUCCCUGCGGUGCCACCACACAUUUGUACACACUAAGGACAACUCGAGCAAGUGUGAAAUCUGGAUUAGAUCAGUCAAUUCUGCCUGUUGGUUGUCAUUUCUUGUGAAGGAUUUGUGAUAAGAAACAUUGAACAUGUUAUAGUAUUUGUGAUCACCAAGUUUCCGUUUGAAUUCAGUCAGUGGAGGAAAUGAAUGAACUGACUGAACAUUAUUUGAUGUUUGGGCUCCAAUAAAGAUGUCAGAUUAGG